AUGAAAUUGGAUGAAGUAAAUGUAACGGAACUUAACCCUAUUAAACUAUUAGAGUACUCAAAAAAAUGUGCUAUUAUGCUUAAACAAAAAGACAAAGAAAUAACAUUGUUACAAGUUGAUCGAAAUCAGGCAAAUAUAGCCAUGAAAGUCGCACAAAAGUCUGUGAAUAAACUUCAAUUAGAGAUUACUAAAAUGGAAAAAAAAGCAAUUGAUGAUGCAAUUCUAAUACAGGGUCUUGAAAAACGAUUACGUAUGCAACGCGAAGAGUUUACUUAUCAAAACACCUACAAUUUGGACGCCAGACGUUUGGAAUGUGAAUUAGCCACUAAAGCAACAGAUUUAAAGUGGGAAAAUCAUAACAAUGAUUUGUUUUUACUGAAUCAUUCGCUUCGAGAUGAUUUGAAAAAACAAAGCGCGCAACAUACAAACGAAAAAACAAAUCUGGCAGUACGAAGUGUUAAACGCUUAAAUGACAGAGCCAAUGUGAUAAAAUGUACAGCAGCUCAUUAUUUAGCCGAAAUAGAUGAAGAACAAAAAUACGCGAUUCGCUUUGUUCAAAAAAAACAUAUUCUCGAGUUACGAUCAGUUAGGUCCUUACAUAAUGACAAUACGCGUAUAUUAAUGGAUACGUACAAUAAAGAAAUCGAAGAAUUAAAAGAUGUAUUUGAAGAAAAAUUAGAUCAAUUUUUGGAAUUGUCUGAAUCGUUGCAACACAAAUUGGAGUAUAUUGCUGAAGAUAAUCAGUUUUUACAAAAACGUAAGUCGAUAAUUGAAAAUAAAACAAAGAUGCUUAAUAACUCUUCUCAAGCUCUUUUGAAAAGAAAUGAAUAUUUGGAAAGGGAAAAUAAAUGUUAUAACAAUUGUAAAAGACAAUUAAAUAGCUUCAAUAAAGAAUUACAGAAUAUUAAAGUGCGAUUAAAACAGAUAACGAACGAAAAAGAUUUAUUAGAAGAAGAAAAUUGUAAGAUGAAACUAGACCUUGAUAAUUUCGACGAUUACCAUAACAAAACAAUGAGAAAUUUGGAAAGAAGAUUUCGUAUGGAAAUAAUGCUAUUGUCAAAGCACGAGCAGAAAUAUAAUAUAACGAACCAGGCCCCAAAUAGUGUGUAA